GUCAAGCUUUCUGCUUGAUUUUCGUCGUUUAUAUUCUUUCAACUCAUCCUCUUGGUUUUCCCCGUCCCUCUCUCAAUUCUCUCCUACUCUCUAAUCUUCCUCGCCUUUUACUGUGAAUAUUCAAUGAGGAAACCUUGUUGUGAGAAGAAAGAAACCAACAAAGGAGCUUGGUCUAAACAAGAAGACCAGAAGCUCAUUGACUACAUUCAAAAACAUGGCGAAGGUUGCUGGCGCUCGCUCCCUCAGGCUGCAGGGUUGCUUCGUUGUGGUAAGAGUUGUCGACUGAGAUGGGUGAAUUACCUUAGGCCAGACCUUAAACGCGGUAACUUUGGGGAAGACGAGGAGGAGCUCAUAAUCAAACUGCAUGCACUUCUGGGAAAUAGGUGGUCCUUGAUAGCAGGAAGAUUACCAGGGAGGACAGACAAUGAAGUGAAGAAUUAUUGGAACACACAUUUGAAAAGGAAACUCAUCGAAAGAGGGAUUGAUCCAAAUAACCAUAAAUUGGGACAUUAUUCUACAACUGCUACCAAAUCGUGUGUCUUGAAUUCGAAUGGUGAUGAUAAAUGUAGCCCUGUAAACUCCAACGGUAAUGAGAAUAAUGCAGGUUCGAAUUCAUCAACUGACCAAGAGAGCAACCACAAAAGCAGCUUGCCGGACCUGAAUCUUGAUCUUACCAUAGCUCUUCCUCUCAUGGAAGGGUGACGGUUUCUUAUGGGAUCUGGUCAAGCGGGAUAUUUAUGAAAUUUUUGCUGCAUGUAAUGUCCCUGGAGCCACUUCUGUUAAUUAAGUACUGUAGUUACUCCAGUAGAAAGUCAGAAUUUCUUAUUUUAUAUAUCUUAUAAAGUUAUAUUUCCAGC